AUGGCCAGAAGUAUAGCCUCUGGUAAAACUACUACAACUAAAGUGCAAAACUGGAUGAGUACUACAAGUAAAUGUGCAAAUAUUACAACCAAGUGUGGUCUUCGCAUUAAUGGAACAACCAUAGACACAAAAGGAAAGAAAAACUUCAAAAAUCACAUUAUUCACAAUAACCAAAACCUGGAAAACAAUUCAAUUGUCAAAGAUCAGGAUGCAGAUGAGGUCUCCUCUCUGGAAUCAAGACAGUUCCUGAAGGUGCUGGCAGUUGCAGCUCUCUGCCAGCGCUAUCCCCAGCUGCAGGAAUUCGGCUUUUUACCCCUGCCCUGGAGGCUGCAGGCUGAAUCCAGCUGCCUGCUCAGUCCUCUCUACUCUCCGGAAUUUUAUGCAAACUUCCCAGAAAAGGACUGGAAUGGUAGUAUUAAUCUAUUAACCCAUCCAUACAAUUGUCACCAGGAGAACUCCAAAGAGAAAGAGGUUUUACGAUCCACAACUGCGUUGGUAGAGAAAUGCCUAGUUUCUAGUGAACCAAGCACACUGACUUCUCAGAGAAUCCCAGCAAAGGGGACCAAACGAAAAAUAAGUAUGAAUGAUGACAAAGUUUCGUGUUCACAAAGAGCAUCACAGGGCAGUGAAAAAGUCAGAAUUAGGAAGAAGAUACCAAUUCCCCCACUGCCCUCUCAAAUGCCACCAGUCAACCUGCUUCACCGGGACAUUGUUCGGGCCUGGGGCCGUGAACUAAAGAUAAGCACCAAAGGCCAGAAAUUGGAUAUAUAUAAGCGAAUCUGUGAAUAUGCAUACCCAAAUCAGAAGGACAUUCCUGAUAAUGCAAAAGAGGCAAGGAUCCUGACAGAAUCGAAGAGGCGAUCAAUGAUGGGUAUGGCAAAAAUAGCUCUGGAGGGUUCUGAAGGGACAUCAGAAGUGGCUAUUCCUGGAGCAGAGAUGGUACCUGUCCUGGAGGGACCAGAAACUGUGGUAGUGACCACUUCAGCUUCAGAUUCUGUGUUUGCCUCCUGGGCAAGAAUCGCAGCCAUGGCUGGGAAGACAGAAGAAGUAGAGGCACAGUCAACACAGGAAUCCUGUGAUGUCAGGUGGUGUGUGGUGCAUGGGAGAACUCUCCCAGCAAACGCAGAAGGAUGGGUUCGUCUACAGUUUCAUGCAGGACAAGCCUGGGUACCCGAGAGAAAAGGGCAAGUGUGUGCACUCUUCCUGCUCCCCUCCUGCAACUUUCCACCCGCAAGCAUGGAGGACAAUAUGCUGUGCCCUAAAUGUGUCCAAAGGAAUAAGGCAUUGAUGAAAAGUCUCCAGUAA